AGGCAAACGCAUCGAGAGUGUCCAGCCAAUCCUAACCUUGAGCCCUCACCCAAACCAUGGCCCAUACUGCAGCAAUGGGUCCCCCUUUGUCCCCGAGAGAAACUCGUCGCUCAGGAAGGCGCUCAGCACCGUCCGCCUCAGCGAGCACGUCCAAAUCACCAGACUCUCCUCCCUCUGAACCUCCUCCCCGUUCCAAAGAGAAUGGCUCUCGCCCUUCCCUCUCUUCUUCCAAUAGCUCUGGUCGCACAAAGCGACUCAAGCAGGAAGAACUCGACGACACUGUCGAAGAUUCCUACAAAGCCACCCAGACUAGUACAGUUGCUCCUCCUCAUGGGAACACCAACGGGCGGGCGAAGCGUAAGGGCAAAGAAAAAGAGAAACCGACCUCUCUACCUGACCUAGUCAUCG